AGAGGCCAUUGGCGGCCACCACCGUUGGAGACUAGAGGGACUUUUGGUUUGGACCAAAGCUAUUGCUUAAUGAUAUGGAUCAAGCCAAAGGUCAGACCAGUCCGGCCAGUUUAAAACUUGGCCGUGUGGCAGGUAAUGUGGGUGGUGAAGUUCUUCAGGCACAGCUCUCCGAGCAGGAUAGCCAAGUCCCCCGGCACCUGCGUCAUCACAUCCUCUAGGUGUGCCAACCCAAAUGCCUGCCAAAGCAGGUGGUGUCGCUCUUGACGUAACAUCCGAUCCCUGGAAACAUCUGCUCAGUAGCAUAAAACACUGGUACAGAUGGUGUGAGCGGAAGAAUCAGGCUUUCAGAGUAACAUAAGAUCUCUAGUGUGUUCAGUACAUUUCUAGGGCUUUUUGGAAAGCACCAGUAAGGAAUACAUAUGACAUUAAUUUCUGUAACCUGGACAGUUUCAUCUGCCUAAAACAUAAGGCUUUAAAUGCCAGAUUGGUCAGCUAUAGCUCUGUGUCAUGAGCUAAAAGCUUGACUUCUCUGGUCUUAUGUGGUGAGGCUUUUCUUUUGUAGACUCGCCUGUAGAGGUAAUGCUUCGUGUGUAAAAACACGGAAGGAGGCCUGUUCUGCAUAGAAACAGGACUUUAGUGUGUGCUCCAGGAAAAAUAUUAUCGCCCUUGAAAAGCUGUGCAUUCCUGAAAAGGUUUGUAUCUGCUUCCUUACCUGAAUCGGCAACUAAAAGCCUGGCACAUUUGCAGAACUCUGCAGAUAACUUUUUGCACUUUGUUUCGUAAGUGAAUAAGUGCUCGCUCUUUCUUUGUGUAUUUGAGUUGCUUUUGAAUUGCUUCCCAUAUUUUUAUUUCAUACAAACUGAACAAUUGUGGCCCCUCUAUUUUAUUUAUAAAGGUUCAGUGUAUCUUUGCCUGCCUACAUCAAUCUGCAAGGGAGUUGCAGAAAAGCCUCAUGUUCAUCGAGCCGUGAGUCACAACCAAUUUUUAAAGCUGUUAUAACAAAAAAAAAAGUGUUUGCUGCUUUUUUCACGAGUAACUUUAAAAGUGUAGCUUAGAAAAGAAGGAAAAAGGGAAAAAAACAUUUUCAAGUAGACACAACAUUUAUCCUGGAUGCUUGCAAAUCCUGAUCUAUAGUCAUACACAGACUAGCUUUUUAAAAACAAUUGUCACAUACAUUACCACUUUGCCUUUACUUUUUAUGUAUCAUUCCCCUGACUUCCUUACUGCAGGUAUGGGCAAGAAAACUUUUCCUUUAAAACUUUUCAACAGCGGGCAUAAAAUUCUGCAGCUGAGGUCUUGAAGAAUGCAGAUGGGAGAUGAAACCAGACAAAGGGUGAAGUUUACAGAUGAACGGGUCUGCAAGAGCCAUCUUCUGGACUGUUGCCCUCAUGAUAUUCUAGCAGGGACACGCAUGGACCUGGGAGAGUGUACAAAAAUUCAUGAUUUGGCACUAAGAGCAGAUUAUGAGAUUGCAAGUAAAGAGAGGGACCUGUUCUUUGAGCUGGACGCAAUGGAUCACUUGGAAUCUUUCAUCGCUGAGUGUGACAGAAGAACUGAACUGGCUAAGAAACGACUUGCAGAAACACAGGAGGAGAUCAGUGCUGAGGUGGCGGCAAAGGCAGAAAAGGUGCAUGAACUAAAUGAAGACAUUGGGAAACUCCUGGCUAAAGCUGAGCAGCUGGGAGCUGAAGGGAAUGUGGACGAAUCCCAGAAGAUACUGAUGGAAGUUGAGAAAGUUCGAGCAAAGAAGAAAGAAGCAGAGGAAGAAUAUCGUAAUUCUAUGCCUGCGUCCAGUUUCCAGCAACAGAAGCUGCGUGUCUGCGAGGUCUGCUCUGCAUACCUUGGUCUCCAUGACAACGACCGUCGGCUCGCUGAUCACUUUGGAGGCAAAUUGCAUUUGGGCUUCAUUCAGAUCCGGGAGAAACUGGACCAGUUGCGGAAAACGGUAGCGGAAAAACAGGAGAAAAGGAACCAGGACCGGCUGAGGCGCAGAGAAGAAAGAGAACGUGAAGAGCGCAUGGGCCAACGGUCUGGAUCAAGAAACAGAGAUCGCAGAAGGUCUCGAUCUCGGGAGCGGAGGCGGAGGCGUUCGAGAUCCGCUUCUCGUGAGAAGCGGAAGUCCCGCUCCAAGUCCCGAGAACGGGAGAGGCACAGGCGCCACCGCAGCCGUUCCCGCAGCCAUAGCCGAGGCCACCGGCGGGGAUCCAGAGACAGGAGUUCGAAACACAAAUCUUCUAGAGAUCGGUCUUCAAGGGAGAAAUCGCGGGAGAAAGACAAGAAAGAGAAGAGCUCUUCUGAAAGACGGCAUGAGGGCACCAAUGGCAAAUCUCGCUCGAAGAGGUCUGAGGAGAGGGAAGCCGGCGAGAUCUGAACCCCGUCGAGAUACGCAUUGUACUGUAUAUAGUCUUGAGAAACAUUCUACACAGCCGAAAAUUCCCAUUUAUAUAACUGAAUACAGCACAUCUUUUGUAGUUCUGAAUUUCUAUUGUUUCUGCAGGUAGCAAAGCUGGUAGUGUAACAGUUCCCUGCCCUUGACUAGGACUCUGUUUUUAAUAGGAAGAACCAGGCCCAACAGCCAGUCUUCGUCACAGAUUAGUGAUUUAAACAGAAGGCAGCAGCUGAAAGCGAGCCCUGUGGGUGGGAUGGUUUGUAACCUGCUGUAAAAACUCAUGCCCCUUCCUGCCUACUUCAAAGCGUCACUUGCCUUUCUAUUGCAGAAUACGUUCGUCACAUACUGAAGCAUCUCAGCAGUGCUGGUGCUUUCCUCGGGCUCCCUUCUCUAGACAUGGCAAGCUCAUCUUAACAUUUCCAGUACUGAAGACUAUACGCUAAAUAUACACAAGCCAAACCGGUCAAAAGUUUAACUUAACACAGCAACCUGGGUUAAGGGAGUGGUUUUGGGACAGCUGGUACAACAUGGCACAGUAUUCUCUCUCUCUUUGGUAGUUGCAUUUGCAACCUGAUGAAUUAGUACAGAAUUAAAAUUUAAGUGGAAGUUUAUUGGAUUAUUUUGUCCAUCACUCAACUCAUCGGUGAAGUUUUACAGCUCGCGUAUUGUUUUCACGCCCCAGGGCUUCGUUUUUCUGAACCUGCCUCGUGAGUCCUGAUUUGCAGGUUGGAAGUACUGAACCCGCUGGGUAUAAAUAUUUAUUGCCUGUCGGAGAGGCCCUAAUUUAGCUGGAAUGUGGUUUUUUUGCAGCGCGCAGUCACCGAUACUUUGGAGUGCUCUUGAAAAGGAGCUGCCUGAAACCAUUCUAUUAAGGAACAGCUCUUACAACGGGCUCUGCCCAUUUGGCAGAUGAGAUUCGCGGAACUGGCAUGAGCCGCCCUGUUGUAGGGUGAAUAAACAGCCCCCCCAUGCCUAGGUUGAUGGAUGGGCUACAGAGAGUGAGAAGCUAUUUCUGUUGGUUGGUUGGCUGAGCAAAUUGCACUGCAGGCCGCUGUGGGAAGCUGCACUUGCAAUGACAGAUUUUCUGGGGUAAAGGAGCGUAAUCUUAGUCACGAUGUACUUAUGCCUAUUUUAAUAAGUGCUUGCAGCAGCUGAAUUAUAACACAGGGUCAGUGAAGACAGACAUAAGCAGGGUUAGCUGUGUCCAGUGUACUUAGAAUUUUUGACUUCCUUUUGCUUUGUAUAAUUAUCUGCUCAUUUGCUGGUCCAUUCCCGUUUAUCUCCUCUCCCCAAUCACGCCUGGCAGUCUUCCCCCCCCCCCCCUUUGCUUUGCUUCAUCUACAAAAUGGCAAGGGUUAAGAGAAUUGUGUUCAUCUUAAUGCGUAUUUAGAGUUACCCCUUUUUUGUUCUGCUGUCACUACUGAAUUCUGUCUCCGCUAAGAAAAGCCGUUGGGAUGGGUUCUCUAGUCCUUUGGUUUCAUGCGUGUGGCUGCUUUCGGAAUCUAUGAACCGCCUGAAGGGCAGCACCAAACAGAUGCCUUUGCUCCGAGGGAAUUGGCCUCCGUUUUGAUUUCGACUUACAGCUUCACACAUGCAACUCCCGUUGAGAUGAAGUAUUUGGCCAUGCUCAAACCUAGGGCACGCAUGCCUUUGGAUCUGGGCCCAGUAAGAGAAGCCGGCAAGGUACAUCACAUUAAGUGUACAAAGUAUUAGGAAUCCAUCCCUGAGUGGAAUUUUUAUGUUUGGUAUUUGCAGUUGAGCGGUUUGAUCCUUAACAGCACUUUUUUUUUUUCCUCUCUUGCCUUUGAGGAGUUUUGGUCUAAGUAACAAAGAUGUAAGUAAAAAUGCUUUUCUCUUGCCAGUCUGAUUCACAUUAAAAGCUUAUCUUUGUGGCUUGGA